AUGUCAGUCCUCAAUCCCAACGGCCAACCUUGGGACCCAGGCCACUACGUCCUCGUCGAGGCCUACUCGGGAUUCCAAAUCCACGGCACCAUCGUUAACGUCAAGUCGGGCCUCGCGUCCUACAUCAAUCUAUGCGCAGUGUACAUCGUGGGACUCGACCUGUCGGCCUUCAGGGGCGAACACUGGCAUGAGAAGCUUCUGGCUGCCGAAACCUGGCUAGGUAGCCUUCUCCUGCCCUGUGGACCGUUCGCGGCCUGGCAGGUGUUUGCCCCGCCUGGAGUCAACAAACUGCACGUAUCGGUUACGUUUACCACCGAAGAAGGUGGCGUCAACUACAAUUCGGACUCAAUAGCCUAG